GAAACCGCCUCGCCUCCCCGAGCGGUGGCUCCCGCCGAGUCAGCUCAGCGGUUACCAGCGCACAACCUGUUACCGUUACUCCCGUCCUCCUCGUCCUCCUCUCCAUCCUCCUCCUCAUCUCCUUCAUCCGUGUCCCUUACAUCGGCGUCGUCGUCGCCCUCCCUGUUGCUCUCAUCUUCAGCAGCAGCAGCAGCAGCAGUAGCAGCAGCAGCAGCAGCAGCAGCAGCACCGGCAGCAGCAACACCGGCAGCAGCAGUGGCAGCAGGGGCAGGAGCAGCAGCACCAGCAGCACGCAUACUCGCCUUGAGGGGCCUGCGGCGCGUAGCCACUAUGUCUGCUGCCCUGGGGUGGGAGCGAGGGGAGCGCGAGAGGGAGGAGCCAACAUCUGCUGCUGCUGAUUCUCCCACGCCUGUUCCAGACGAUGCAGCAGCAGUGGCAGCAGCAGCAGCAGCAGCAGCAGCAGCCCUCACAGAUUGCCUUGCCGCUGCUCUUGAUCUAUCAGACAACCCCCACGCCCCGUCGCCACCCUUCGCCCCUUCAUCCCCUUUUGUCCCUUCGCCUCCCCUCAUCCGGAUGUCUCCCCAUUUCCCGAACCAAGGCCAGCAGCAGCAGCAGCCACUUCUUGCCACCCAACCCAGGCGCAGCCACCCGAACCAGACCCGCAGGUCCGGCCCAGGCCUUCCGGCACGGCUCGGGCGAUGCAGCCAAGCCUUGCGGGGUGGUUCGGCCGGGGUGCAAGCAGGGGUGAUGCCUGCAGGGGCGACAGGAUGUGAAAACAGUGAGGAGGCACACGAGAUCUUGAAAGGAAAGCAGCAAGAUCAGCACACGAAAUCAGCGAGGAGGGAACAGUCGGUUCUCAACAGGCCUUCUAGGCCAUAUGACGAUGAUGAUGGUGGGCAUGAUGGGGGUGGUAGACACAUGCCUCUCGCUUCCUCGGAUGCUGCAGGAGAUGGGUGUGCAGGGCACAUUGACAAGAAAGCACGGCUCUUUGGAGAGACCUCUGGAGUGCAGCAGCAGCCAGAGGUCCAGCAACAGCAAGAGCAGCUGCUUCCGCAACAGCAGCAGCAGCAGCAGGAGCAGCAGGAGCAGCAGCAGCAGCAGCAGCAGCAGCAGCAGCCGCCGCCGCCGCAGAAGCAGCAGCAGCAGCAGCAGCAGCAGCAGCAGCAGCAGCAGCAGCAGCAGCAGCAGCAGCAGCAGCAGCAGCGGCAGAAACGAGAGGAGAAAGAGCCACUGCCGCUGCCGUCGCAGCAGCAGCAACAGCAGCAGCAGCACCAGCAACAGAAUCAGCAGGAGCAGCAACCCAAUUCUACUGCUCCUGUGCACAACCCCUCUUCCCACGUGUCCGCGCCCCUGCCUGUAGACCCGACUACAUCUGCUCCCACCCGUGCACCUGUACGCGUGCCGUCCGCCGAUUUCGCCACUCUAUUCUCUCUGACCCUGCCUGACAACGCUCCUCCACGCCAGGCAUCCUCUCACGGCGCCCUUUGUACCACUCACGGCACGUCAGGCACAUCUGCAACAGUCCCGUCGAAAGAGUCGGUUAAGAUAAUAUUUCAACUUGGAGAUGUGUUGGAAGCGACACAAGGGGGGGUCAAAGAGGGAAGUUUGGCGGGGAGAGUUGACGUGGUGUCCCAAAACUGGUUCGCUAUUACUGGGAAUUACUACAUGACGAACAACGAGACGAACAAGGACCGAUACGUCGGCACAGAAGUGCGCCUCGCAGGAGUGGCGUACGACGCAUUUUCGCUGGGCAAAGGGCCACUCUCCGCCGCCGACAUCGCCACAAUCGCGCGCUGGCAGAUCGGCAAGGGCAAGUCGCUCAAGUACGAUGCAAACGGCGUCUACUUCGUGCUAACGAGCAACAUCGUGGAAGUUGACGGCUUCUGCACUAACUUCUGCGGCUGGCACACCAAGGCCGCGCACUAUCUCGGCCCGUUCAACCUCGGCUUCGCCGGGGAUCACGGCAGCUGCCCCGAUCCUUGCAUGCCUGAACCUGCCUCGCCUAAUGGUAACACGGCUAUGGACGCUACAGUCUCGACCCUCGCUAACAAGCUCGUAAACAUCAUCACGAACCCCGACACUGAGACGGGGUGGAUGAUGGGCGACGGUUCGGAGGUGUCCGAUAAUUGCGACAAGAAUUACGGAAACGACACUAUCGAGGUCAAGUACGCUCGUAACGCGGACGGGUUCCAGUACCGCUACAAUCUCAUCGGCAACAAAGGCAUGAAGUUCCUUAUAUCGAAAGCGUGGGACCGCGUCGAGAACACGUGCAUGCUGCAGAAUGACCUGCCUGAGGACAGCACGUUGUGCCCCAACAUACCUCGCUGGAUUCGCCCUCGCCUGUGCGAUGUCUUCAAUCGAUGCUGUUCGAACUAG